AUGGAUCCUAUCAGCGCUGUUGGCCUUGCAAGCAAUGUCGUGCAGCUGCUAGACUUUGGAAUCAGGCUGGCAGCUAAAGCGCACGAAAUAUACGUCUCUGCCGAAGGAGCUCAGGUGCACAAUCUCGAGUUGGAUGCUAUUACCCAGAAUUUGGUCACCUUGAAUAGGCGGGCUCAUAAUCGAUCCCGCAAGGUCUGUGCUUAUGCUACUUCCGAGGACGAGAAAGCGUUGCAGGACUUAACAGAACGCUGCAAUGAGAUUGGGGAGGAACUAAUAAAGGCACUGCAAGCUGCAAAAGUGCAGGGAGCUCAUAAACACUGGAAAAGUGUUAGACAGGCCCUGAAAAGCACCAUGGGUAGAGAUAAGAUUGAGGACUUGUACAGUCGACUCAAGCAAUACCGCGAACAGAUUGUCGUUGUCUUGCUUGUGAUUACCAGUGCCAAACAGACCGCCCUAGGCGAAAAUGUGGAUGCGGUGAGGCACGGUAUCGUGGGUUCUGAGUCGAGAAUUCUCGACGAGACACGGCAGAGUCGUUUCCAAAUUCUAGAUGCCAUCCGACGCUCAAACUACAACCCCUCGAAACAUGAAGAUAUAUCGACAGUCUCAAGGUUACUAUCGGAAAUGGUCUUGCGGGGCUCGGAACAGAAGUUCAAGGAAGAAAUCCGUGAUAGUCUGUACUUUCCGAAUAUGCAAGACAGACGUGAAUGGAUUUCAAGCGCUCAUAAAAAGACAUUCAAUUGGACACUGGAGGACAAAGCUGGCGAAAACGUUCCCUGGGAUAGCCUGAAGGACUGGCUGUGCAAAGGAGACGGUAUAUAUUGGUUGAGUGGAAAGGCUGGAUCAGGAAAAUCCACGCUGAUGAAAUACAUCGACCAGGACAAACGAACUUUGGAAUAUCUAAAGAUGUGGGCAUCGCCACAGAGUAUCGUAUUUACGAGUUUCUACUUUUGGAAUCCGGGCACGUCAAUGCAAAAAUCGCAGUUGGGGCUGUUACAGAGCUUACUCCACAAAAUCCUGUCAAGACGACCAGAACUCAUCCCCAAAAUCUUUCCGUCUCUAUCAGAGUACUACAGCACACAUGGGAAAGCGAAUUUCUCCUGGACAAUCUCAGACCUGAUGAGUGCGUUCAAGCUACUUGUAAACAUCACAUUCGAAGCCAGGUUUUGUUUCCUCAUCGAUGGCCUUGACGAAUUUGAUGGGGAUCAUCGGACCCUCAUCGACAUGCUUGUUAAUAUGACCGGGAGCCACAGCAUCAAAAUACUCGCUGCGAGCCGCCCGUGGCUUCUUUUCCAGGAUGCCUUUCAGAAUUGUCCGAAAUUAACCCUACAGGAUUUGACUCACGAUGAUAUCAAGAUUUUUGCCCAGGACUCAUUAUUCAACCACCCAAGGUUUUCAAGGGCGUUGGUUAUGGAACCACAGCGUGCUCCCAAACUUGUAUCUGACAUUGUAAACAAGGCGUCCGGCGUAUUCCUCUGGGUCUACCUCGUGGUGAGGUCGCUAAUGGACGGCCUGACAAAUGCGGACCGGAUGGAUGAUCUCCAAAGAAGAUUAGACCAGCUCCCUGCUGACCUCGAGCAGUUCUUUUCCCAUAUCCUGACAAGCUUGGACUCGUUCUACCUCAAACAGGCCUCUCAGCUCUUUCGUCUGGCACUUGAGGCUCCAAAGCCUCUGGCCGUUUUAACAUUCUCCUACCUGGAUGAAUCCGACCCUGAUUUUGCAAUAAAAGGACCGAUAAAAGCGAUGUCGAUCGAGGAAGAGACUAUUCGAUGCGAAGAAAUUGAGCGGAGACUCAAUAGCAGGUGUAAAGGGCUAUUGGAGUCUCGCCGUCGAAGAAGUUGCGAUGAAUAUUCCAAUACUGAAGGAGUGGUUGCCGAGGUAGUCUCUUACGAGGUCGAUUUCUUGCACAGGACUGUUCGCGACUUCUUGCGCACUCCAACGGUAGAGGUUCAGCUUGUCGCAGUUGACAAUGUCGAAUUUGAUGCAAACAUGACGUUGGCUCGGGCGUAUGUGGCUCGGAUCAAAGGUCUCCGGCACUCGUCACAUUCAGAGGCCAACUUCCAGGCCUUGUGGGAUAUUGUGUUCGACAUGAUGUACCACGUUAGUCGCAUGGGGGAUGGCAUAUUUCAAAAGGCCCAAGUUGACCUUCUAGAUGAGGUGGACAGGGCCGCUGCACACUUUCGAGAAGCUGCAAUUGUCAAAAGAUGA